AUGCAGCACGUGAGACGCCUGGAGAAAUGUAUCAAGCGCUGCGAAGAUGACAUGGAGCGCGUCAACGCCGUGGUGAAAAGUUCUGACUGCUCCAUCGCGGAAAAUGGGUCGGCGUGGCAACUGUGGGAAACCCUCGAGACGGACGAGGCCGCGCUGGUGCACGUACUGGCGGUCUGUGAUACAUUUAUUCACAGCUGUCGCUUUCGAGUGAUGUGUCUUUUUUCCCAGGGGAACGAGAUCUUGGCGCAGAUGCAGCUUGCAAAGCAGCGGCUUCUCAGAUGUUUCAGCUCCGUCGCAUCCAAACAGGGGAAGGGAGGAACGACAACCGCAGCGUCUGGCAGUAGUGCCGAUGCGGGUGAGUCGGCAACCAUAACCCAACUUGUGAGCGGGGCCCCAAGGCUUCUCUGCGAAUUGCGAGAUCGGGAGCAGCAGCUCAUUGACAACGCCUUGAUGAUUAAGAGGGACGUGUUUCACUCGUCGCGCGGAGAAGGCGAUGUCAUGUUGGAACUUCACGCUCAGCAAGAAGGCAGCCCCAGGGGAAUGACGCCUGAAUCGCUGCUGCACAUUUUUCCACUGUUUCCGGAGGAUGCGGCAAGGGAGACGCAUGCGGGGACAGCCGCAGCAGCGUUGAAGAACGAGCACGGCGUUGGACCGUCGUCGCCGACGGGGGAGGCGGAUACAAUUUGGACGGACUUGCGGCUGAUGAACAUCUCCCUCAGAAGCGCUUUUGCUGCAGCAGCAUGUAAACACCACUUUGCGGCCGCCUACGACUUCGCCUUCGUGACUAAGCUGGUCGUCACGAAAUGCUUCACCGCGGAGGAGUUGCUGAUGACAGUUUUGGCGCUGGAAUCCGGCAGAUCAGGAGAUUCUUCUCCGCAACACGAUGUACAAAGUUCGGAAGGGGCGACCUCGCCCUGGGUUGCUUUGAUGUUGUCCGACCUUCACGCCAACGUCUUGCCCAAGGAGGCGUUUUUGACACGCGAGAAUCUGACACCGCCGUAUUAUGUUUCUCUCAUUUUCGCCUCACUGGUUUGGAACACCGCCUUUUGUUUGUGGCAGAAAGGCUGCGUGAAGGAGGCCCACCAGUGGUUGUGCGAGGUUGACGUGGAGCGGCUCCUUGUCCUUGCAGCCGCGAAGGAAAAGGAGGAUGCGGGCGCAGACGUGAAUGGCAUACACGGUCUACAUACACGGCGCCAUGUCAUGAAAUAUUGCCUGCGGCCAUCCUUGGAGACAUGCAUGACCCCAUCCCACCCUGGUACGUCAACCCACGUCGAUGAGAGCUGCACCCCAAAGGAAUUGCAGGACGAGCCUCACGAGGCCCCUCAGAUCCAUCACCUUCUGCGCCGCAUUGUGGCCUUGCGUGAAGUGUGCGCCAUGCUGCUUUCAUGCACCACUCCACAAGACGUCUUGUUUCUCAUCCUCCAGAUGCAGCAUGCACUUCGGUGGCAAAUGCGUUGUAGCCUGCACCAAGAUGACCCUGUGGGCGCCGGCGAAGACGUCCCUACAACCGGAGGGUCGCCGACCGAUGCAACGGCUGAGGCGCUAACUGUGGUUGUGCUCAUCGUAGAAUACUACCUCACCCAACGUGCGAUGGCGACGGUGGAGGCGUCCGCCUCGUCGGAUGCCUUUUUGCCCGUGACCGUUGAUGCGGCGGUGCAGCAGGCCUGCGAUGAGCUGAUUUACUUCCUCAGCUCGGGGAGAUUGACGGGCGUGGAAGACGUGGAGCAGCGUGGCAUUCCGCCCUCGUGGCACCUUCAGUACGACGGCGACGACAAACACGAUGCGCGGGGGGAUGACCCCGAAAGGGCAAAGAGGCCGCCGUGGCUCUCGGUGCAAGUUCUUGGCACGGCGCAGGCCUUUGCCUCUGGAUUCCACGGUAGCGUGUUCUACCAGUGUGCUGUGGCAGCCCAUGAAACAAGGGCGGUAAGGCGCGAGGCGCAAAGGGAGGCGGCUAAGCCAGCAGAGAGGCGAUCGUCAUGGUCGGCCUCGCUUGCUAAUAUGGUGCAGAGUGCGGCUCGGUUGAUUAUUAAAGGUGUCGGUAGCUCGUGGGAGGAGGUUGAAGACGCCGGGACCGCGAGCAACUUUUCUUCCUCGUGUAGUGAACUGCGUCCAAGUCGGUUGGUGCCCCAAUGCUUCAAGGAGAAGCAAUAUUUGCGGGCGAAACAAGGAACGGGUAUUCUUUGGAUUCCCUCUUUGCAUGGCGUCGGUGUACAGUUAUUACCAGAGGAAGAGGUGGUUGAGGGCCCAUACAAAGGUUUUGAUGAUGUGGCGUGGCGACUGCUGGUGGUGGCAUGCCGAUAUAGCAAUUCUCAGUCGCUUGUGUCGUUGACGUCUCACGAUGGCGCGCGUAGUGGCGGCGGGCCCCUUGAGAUGGUUGUCCCGGAACUCAACAAUGCCGUGAGAAUUUUAAUGAGCAACCUGAACAAUCGUGCCGGGGACAGGUGGUGGCCGUUGUGGCAUCAGCAGCGAAACCUAAGUGCGGGUCGCGCACGCAUCGGUAGGCUGCUAGAAGCGCUGGAUCGAGGGACGUACAUGUCGGUGAUGCGGGCUGGCCUGCGACGCGCCACUGCGGAUGACGGAGCCCAAGGGAACAGGGCCCCACAACCGGCCGCGGCAUCGAAGAAGAGUGAAGAUGUCGUGAAGGAGCAUACGGGCGAGGAAACGGAAGCCGUUUCUGGGCUGUGGGAUUUUCCGCCCCCAAAGUAUAUCCCGCCCCUUCAGUUUGACUUCUCAGCUUUUGCUUCUGGUUCCGCGCAGGCAUUCUGGGCAACGCAGCAACUUGUAGAGGAUCUUUCACGCCGGCAGAACGCGGCAGAUAAGGCCGCUUCUACUGGCAAUGAGACGCCGGCUGAGGAUAACAGCCAGUCCUUAAGCCUUCUCACGACAAGGUCGCGACAUCUUCUUCACCAGGCGUUGCCGGGCAUAUGGCAGUUUAUGCCCUGGAAACUUAUUUACAGCAGUCGUUUUCAUGGAUUUAGCUUUACCAACAUGCUGUCGUGUAGCCAACGCGUGGUUGAUGCUGCCCGGAGACGGAAGAAUAUGCCACCCAUGCUUCUUGUAAUGGAAGUUGUGAGCCCAAACGGAGGAGCAUCCAUCGAUAGCACAGAGGGGCCCGUGAGGCUUGUGAUUGGGGCAUUUUUAUCCCAUCCCUUGCAUGUUGGUACGCACCGCUUUUACGGCAACAGUGAUACGUUUGUGUUUCAGCUGCUAAUUUCCUCGACACCGGCGUCCACGGAGCUGCGUGUGUACCGUGCCACAGGAAAAAAUCAACAAUUCAUCAAAACAACUUCGCGUUCACUUGCGGUUGGAGGCGGUGGGGGGUGUAGUGUUUUUCUCAAUAACACUGUAACGCAUGGUUCCACUGCAGCUUGUGUCACCUUCGAUGCCCCACCCCUCACGCAGUGGCACACACCACCCUUUUCCUUGUCGUGGUCCUUCGAUAGAGCCUCCGUGGCGGCGGCGGGGGAAGCGAUGGAGAAGGAUGCGGCGAGGAGCUACGCCUUUGAUAUUCGCUCAAUAGAGCUGCUAGUAGUUGGGGAACCGAAGGAACCCUAG